UCUUCUUGUUGCGUAUGAUUUUAAAUGAAAAGUCAGCGACUUAUCUCUCUUCUCCAACUUUUUCUCUCACUAAAAAAUCACUCUCCGUGAAAAAAAGUUCUGAUCUUCAAACAUAAGUCUUUGAAAACCUAAUUUAUGUCAAGAACCUGAAAUUGCAUGUUGUAUACGUAUGUUUGGUGCAAAAACUUGCCAAACUAAGCAAGUCAAAUGAUUAGAUUGCUUAUGUUGAGUUGAAGUAUGUGAAGUCAGUUAUUGCAGGGAAUUAAUGGAGACUACUUAUCAAGGUGAUUUAGCUGAUAUAGUUCGAGCCAGUGGCGGUACAAUAGGCAGCAGCAACGAUUCUCCCGAGGCACCAAUCUUGAAAUCCGACUGGCAGUUCCCAAGCAUCGAGAUCGAAGAACCAAUCGAUGAUUUUGGGGAUCCAUUUUCCAUAAUGGGAGAUCCACUACUCCACGAUAUUGAUAAUUCGCUCGUGCCCGUGUCAAGUUUCUUAAAUACCGGAAGUGCCGGAGGGUUCCGUGGUAGUAGUGGUGGUGGUGAUGGUAGUGGAAAUAACAGUAUUCUUGACGAUAGUAGAAAAAAGCCUCCUAGCAUCUUUUCAAGGAUGCAGAUCUCUCCUAAUACAAAAUUUCCCUUAUUGCCGCCGUGCGAUUCUCCGAUGGGUGCAGCUCCUUUGUUAGUUUCUAAUGAUCAUAGGAUUUCUCAAAAAAGUUUUGAAGGUUGUUUGGUGGAAAAUCCUGAUGUGGGUGUGCAGAUCUCGUCUCCGCGAAAUACGGGCAUCAAACGAAGGAAGAGUCAAGCCAAGAAUGUAGUUUGUAUUCCGGCUCCUGCGCCUGCAAAUAGCAGACCCAGUGGAGAAAUUGUUCCUUCUGAUCUUUGGGCCUGGAGAAAGUAUGGCCAGAAACCCAUUAAAGGCUCCCCUUAUCCAAGGGGCUACUAUAGAUGUAGCAGUUCAAAGGGUUGUUCUGCAAGGAAACAAGUCGAGCGUAGCCGAACCGACCCGAACAUGUUAGUCAUCACCUACACUUCUGAGCACAAUCAUCCAUGGCCAACUCAAAGAAAUGCUCUGGCAGGAUCCACAAGAUCUCAGCCAUCAAAGAACAAUAGUUCAGCUCCCAAGAAUUCAUCAAGUUCUGAUCAUCAGGGCCAAAAGUCUACAAACCCAAAAGAAAUCAAUACAGAAAAUGUAUCCUCACCAUCUGUGAAAGAGAGAACGGAUCAAGAUUGCAACAAGAAGUUGGAAACGACUAUUGAUAUCGAAUUGAGUGAAGGGUUUCGACAGAUUUAUGAGCCGGCAUUUUCGGCCGAUGACAGCAACCAAGCCGAAGACUUCUUCUCAGAAUUGGGUGACAUCGAAGCCGAACCUUUAGAUCUCUUGUUCACUCAAGGACUUUCUGGAGAAGAAGCCGAAGAAGACAAGACCUCAAAUCCAUUCAGUUUCUUUAAUUAGAGUGCUGCAGGAAAUAGUAACAACCUUAACAUCAUCUCAUUUGGAGAAACUAAGGAUUCAUAGUUAACAAGAUCCUAAAACAGCAGACAUAUGAUCGUAUAUACAGAUUUAACAGUUUCGUUUGAUGCAAUUUCAUUCAGUUGAGUGAGGCCAUCCAUAAACGAACACAACACAAUCAUCUGAUACAUGUGAUCAACUAGUUAAAUUUUCUAUGAUUUUUA